GCGCGGGGCCCGGGGCGGCGGCUGCCUCAGGGCUGCGGGUGCGGCGGGAGCUCCCGGCGGGGCUGAGGGCAGCGGAGCAGCCCCGCGCUCUGGCCUGGCGCUCGGGAACGGCUCUUCCCGGCCUCUCGCUCCCGAGAGUUCGUCGGAGCCGAGGAAGCUGCGGAGUUACGUUUCAGAUUUCUUCGGAUGGAAGCCUGCUUUAGGGUCAGACAUCGUAAUGGAUGAGGUCAAUUUGGUGGUGCCCAUCAGUAAAGAUACCUAUGAAGCUCUUAAGAGAAGAGAAAACUGUCUAAAUAAGCUCGUUUCCAAAAAGUUUGCUUGUACAUUGGCCUUCAGAAAAGCAGCAAAAAGCACUGGUGAAGUAUACAGGAAAACAGUAAAGUCGGGCAUUGACGUUUGUGUUUAUAAGGAUGAUCUCGCAAGACACAAGGUUGAUGCCGUGGUGAAUGCAGCCAAUGAGUAUCUGGAACAUGGAGCAGGUCUUGCUCUUGCCCUUGUAAAAGCUGGAGGGCCAGAAAUAAAAGAAGAAAGCAAGCUUUAUGUUCAAAGCUAUGGAAAAGUCCAAGUUGGUGGUAUAGCAGUGACAGGUGGAGGUAAGCUUCCUUGUAAGAAAAUCAUUCAUGCAGUUGGUCCUAGGUGGUGUCUUCCUGAAAAGGAAAGAUGUUGUGAGCUACUUCAGGAAGCUAUUUUGAAUGUUCUGCUUUAUGUUAGUGCUCCAGGAACAGCUUUAAAGUCUGUGGCUAUCCCAGCAGUGAGUUCAGGUGUCUUUGCCUUCCCAAUUGAUUUGUGUUCUAAAGUGAUUGUAAUGGCUGUAAAGGAAUUUGUUGAGGCAAGUCCACCAAGCUGCCUCAGGGAAAUCCGCCUGGUGAACAUUGAUGAGUCUACAGUCGCAGCAAUAAAGAAGGCCUGUGAAAAGUUUCUGGGUGAUCCCAGUUCACUUGAAGACACUGUGCCAGCUUCACUAAGCCAGUCUUCACCUUACCUCGCACACAAAAACAUUCGCUUGCGCAUCGUAGAACAACACCCAGAAAAUCUGAAGAAUACAGCUAUUGUUAACCUCAUGAAUGCAAGGGAUGGGCCUUCCUCUCAAUCUUCAAGACUGCUGGAAAAAGAGGAUCCAGCUUUUCAGAUGGAACUUGAGCAUUGUCUUCAACAUCCGAAACAUUUUAAGGAGCCCCUGAUAAUGAAAACACAUCAGCUGCCCUCUACAUUUGUGCUGCACGUGAUAUUGCAAUGCCAGCACCCGGUGUUACAGCUUGAGGAAUUGAAGGAUGCAGUGAAAAGAUGCCUGGAUCACUUUCAGGAGGACUCAUCUCCCUCAGUUUCUUUUCCAAUAAAUUGGUCACCAAAGCUGCCUGUUGACCUAGUGGCAGAGACCAUGAUUGAAGCAGUUUUAAAUUUUGCCAGGGCACAUCCUAGGAAGAAGAAAGAAGUGCAGUUUGUUAUUUGCCCAGAUGACCGUGCUGCCUGUGAGGUUGUCCGGAGAAAAUUUUAUUCAGCAAAAUGCAAGCUGGAAAACAAAAGUGAUCCUUUGAGUGCAGAGUCAGGCAGUCAAACUGCAAAAGAGCCUGCAAGCAAUGAAGCCAUGAUUGAACUUAAAGGGUGCACACCCACAGCACUGGAGGCAGCAGAAUCGUGGCUCCAACAUGUAAUGAAAAUUCAGGAGGGUUCCCAUGCUGUUAUUGAAAACAACUACAUUUUCUGCCUUGGUAAAGAGGAGUUUGCAGAACUCUCUCGACACCAGCCUUCUAGUGUAUGUGUGUCAGAAAAAGUGAGAGAUGGACGAGCAAAACUGGAACUUCAGGGCCCUCCUGAUGUUUUGAUUGAUACAGUGCUUGCAACUGAAGAAUUACUGCGUCGUGUGCAAGAGAAGACUAUUGCUGAGCAAGAGAAACUGCUCUACUCAAUGUGGCAAGCAGAAGCAGGCCAGCUUCCAGAAGAAGACUUUCACAAGACAAGUGCUGCUGACUGCAUCCAGAUUUCACCAGUAGAGUGCCACCUCCAGGAGUUUAAAGACAGACAGAAAGAGUUUGAAAAAGCUGGACUUCGUGUUCUCAGGAUUGAAAAGAUACAUAAUCCACUUCUAUCUGCUGCAUUCCAACAAAUGAAAAAAACAGUAGAUGGUAGCACCAAAACAACUGAAAAGUUGUACCAGAAUGUUCCUGCAGAGUUCUGUUGCUCAGUUUGCCAAACUGGAUUUCACAGGAUGUAUUCUCCACCAGAAGAACAAAAAUAUGGAGCUGGCAUCUACUUCACAAAGAACCCGAGGUACCUGACCAAGGAUAAAGCCACAUGGGAAAUGGAGUCUAAAAUGUAUGUGUUUGAGGCUGAUGUAGUAACUGGCAAAUACACUACAGGCCUGCCAUCCUGCAUUAUACCACCAGCACUGGAUAAGAAUGCCUUUACAUUAUAUGACAGUUUAGUAGAUAGUUUGUACAAUCCUGAGAUCUUUGUCAUUUUCAAUGGUUUUGCAGCCCUUCCACAGUAUUUGCUGACUUGUUCCCCACUGAAAGGUGUGUAGAUCCUGGAGGAAACAAGCAGGAUCCUCAGUGGGAAUAGAGCAGAACUGUAGCUAUGGUGAAGACCCUCUGAGAACAAAGUCUUAGAUUCAAGAGAAUGCUCUGCUAAGUAAUGUGCUAUGGUCAGAGUGCUUCCUGAAAAGCUCCCUGAAAUAUUUGUGAACAACGGAGUAAGUUAACAUCCUAAAGAGAUUAGGACAAAAUUACCUGUGAAUAGAAGCAGAAGGGAAGGCAUUCCAAAAUACAGUGUAACAUUUAGCUUUAACAUUUAACAUACCUGAUAAUUUGCUUUAAUCCUUAAAGUGAUCUCAGCUUGUGACUAUACACUUGAUGUUUGUGUAGGCUGCCAUUCUUCCACUGCGUUUUCGUAAUCUGACAUACUGCAUAUAUCAGGGAAGCAAAAGAAAUCUGAGUUGUGCCUUUUGAGUCUUAAGUUUUCUUUUGACUUAAGAUAGGAGAAUGUAGCAGAUGAGAGCUGUUUUCUGCUUAGGGACAUGCUGUUAUAUACAGUUAAGACAAACAUGAGGCAAUACUUCAGGAUUUCUUACAAUGGUUGCUGUACAUUUUUUAUUAGUUACUUCAAGCACUGUAGAUGCACAUAUUCAAAAUAAAAAGUAUGAAUGUCA